GACUCCAAGUACUUUGAUUCUUCCUAGUUCCAUGAUUAAUGGCUUCUCACAAAGCAGCAGCUUUUGCAUUUCUCCUCAUUCUUUCAAUAACUCAUCCUUCUUCUUCUUCUUCAGCUGAUUCUCACAAGGUUAAUCUUUCAAUCUACUAUGAAUCUCUCUGUCCCUACUGUGCAAACUUCAUUUCUAAUAACUUAAACAAGAUCUUCGAAAAUGGGAUCAUUUCAAUCGUCAAUCUGAGGCUAAUACCAUGGGGAAAUGCUUAUAUGAAAGAUAACUACACAUGGGUUUGUCAGCAUGGUCCUGAUGAAUGUAUGCUGAAUACUGUUGAAGCAUGUGCCAUUAAUGUCUGGCCUGACCGGGGUGCACAUUAUAACUUCAGAUUCAUCAAAUGUGUGGAGGGUCUUCAUUUGCAGAAUAAACAUAAUGAAUGGAAGAACUGUUUUGGAUCAGAGAAACUUGAUUCUAAACCAGUUCUUGAUUGCUUCAAUAGUGGCCAUGGUUUCCAGCUGGAAAGAGGUUAUGCUGAUGAAACCACCCAUCUUGAUCCUCCACAUCUUUUUGUACCAUGGCUAGUUGUUGAUAAUCUUCCACUUAAAGAUGAUUACCAAAACUUCAUAGCCUAUGUGUGUAGAGCUUACAGAGGUAAUGCAAUUCCUAAAGCCUGCAAUUCUAAUCAACCAGCCACAUUUGUUAACUCAUUUGGAAGAAGAAAUACAAAGUCUCCUUCCCAAGUUUCAUUUCCAAUCGAAGCUGCAACAAAGGAAUAUUCAGCAACACCAUAGUCAACAGACGCCACAAUUGUUGGGAAUUCCGCAUUUUAAAUAUCGUCAAACAUGUAUACAAUGAUUUAAAUGUCAAGUUUACCUAUUUGGGUCAAACAUUAUUGUUUGUCUAUGUUAGAAGGAAUUGGCAGAUAUAAGAUGUAAUGAAAAAUAAAGAGCUUUCAUACAUAAGUUC